UGUCGCAACGGUUCGCAAAUCAACUUUAGAACUUUUUUUUUUAUAUAUUUCCAAUUGAUUCUCGCCUUAUUGUUUCUUGUUCAAUUCAAUUUAAGCCACCCAAAAUGCGUCUCUCAGGCGCUGUUCCUGUCAUCGCUUGUGCGGUUUUGGCCCUUCUAACUAUGGCCGAUCCGGUAAAAAGUAAGGGACAAUAUACAAUCGUUGGACCGGGAACCAUACACUCUCAUCGAGAUUACAAUGUGGCUGUCGCCGUGCAUAACACCAAGGAGCCAGUUACCUUGAAGAUUGGUAUUACGGGACCCUCGUACAAUGAGACGCAAACGGUCGAGUUGCCAAAUGCCGAUGAGUUCAAGCAGAUUACCUUCACGUUGCCUCCUCUUAAGUCGGGUGACUAUAACUUAUCCGCAGAGGGUAUCUCUGGACUUGAGUUCAAGAACUCCACGCAGCUUAUUUUGGCAGAAUUUAAGCCAUAUGUCAAGCUACAAACCGACAAGGGCAAAUAUAAGCCCGGCGACACCGUCAACUACCGCGUAAUCUUCCUAGAUGAGAACCUUAAACCGAGUUUGGCCGAGGACGACGUAGUUGUGUGGUUCGAGGAUCCGAAACGCAAUCGCAUCAAGGAACUUAAGCACAUCAAGACGCGUGGAGGAGUCUACACCGGAAAGUUCGAGUUGUCGGAGUUUGCCCUCUUGGGCUCAUGGACACUUUCGGUGCAGAAUGGCGAUUCAUAUUCGGAUGAGCGGGUCUAUUUUGAAGUUGAGAAGUACGUGCUCCCCAAAUACACCGUCACAAUGGACUCGACUAAGCAUGUAUCGGUGAAGGAUGGUGACAUGCAGGUUGUUGUAAAAGCAAAUUACACCUAUGGCAAACCAGUAAAUGGCAAAGUACUUCUCAAUGUACACACAGACGAAUCAAGCACGUGGUCCACCGUAAAUGGCGAGUCUGUCCGCACAGACACGCCGGGGCACGCUCUCAUCCGAACUGCUGACAUGGUCAACGGCAAGGCGAAAUUUGAUAUUAAUGUUAAGGAAUUUGCUAGUUUUUUGCCAUACAAAACAUCGUCGUCGUAUGCACAAAUUUUGGCCACUGUUGUGGAGGACUUCACAGGUGUACAACUCAACGAAACGGGCGGCGUACAGCUUUACCCGUAUCGCUACGAAAUGUCCUGCGUGGAUUACACUUCCUGUUAUUCAUUUGUAGCCGAUAAAGAGCACGAGAUCAUUUUUAAAAUCACUCUUGUUGAUGGUACCCUACUUAAAGAUACAAAGACCCCUGUCAAGGCAAAGUUCACCGAGGGCAUUCGCCACUCCAGAUAUGGCGAUGAAUCCAAAUUACCGUCGAUUGAGAAUAAAACGCUUGAGUUUGAGAGCCAUCUUAACGAGUCCAGCUUAGCUGUAUUUAAAGUCACGUUACCAGAUUUACCAGACAUGGAAAACUAUCGACGUUACUAUAGCAUUCAGUUACAAUACGAUGGAGAGGAGCGAGAUCUGUAUACAACCUAUCCCUACAGAGAGUCGAAAAAAAUUAAACCCCUAUCACGCAACGAAGAGAAAGAAUGGUUUAAGGUCGAUGUGCAGACACCUAAGGACAAAUGGAGCCUCAAAAUUGGAGAGGAAUAUCAAGUCACUUUGAACUCCAGCCGUCCCCUCAACUACUUCGUAUACAACAUCAUCGGACGUGGAAAUGUUCUACAAACGGAAAGAGUCGUACUGAGUGAGCCUCAGAAGGUCUAUAACAUCAGCCUGACCCCAACGUUCCUUAUGUCACCUUACGGCCGCAUUUAUGUCUACUAUGUGGAUGAGACUGGCGAAUUCCGCUAUGCCGAGGAUUCUUUCCACGCAGAUGUGGAGCUGCAAAACCAGAUUGAAGUGACUGCUCCGAAUGAGGUCAAACCUGGCGCGGAUGUUGAGCUAGAGAUUAAGACAGCGCCCCAAUCAUUCGUUGGCUUAAUGGCUGUUGAUCACAGUGCCUUGCUUCUGGGUAACAAUAACGAUAUCAAAAAGGAUUCAUUUGGCUGGCGCUUAGGACGGUAUGAUACGCGCACACUGUGGCAAGGAGGUUACUCCUACUAUCCCGGAGAUCGUAGUGGAGUUGUAACCAUGACAAAUGCCAACUUCUUUUAUAAUUGCACGGCUCCCACAAACCAUCAACAACCCUACCUAGGUGAUUUCGAGAGGACUUCACUUGUAACGCACAAUCAAGUGUACUUUUCUACAUCCCAAAUGGUGCCGGGCCUUGGAGAGUCAGUCAGAUUAGGGGCGGCAGCGCCGGGGUCGGCCCCUGCACCUAAGGUGCGUAAAAACUUUGUGGAAACCUGGCUGUUCGACGACAUUGAAAAUACCAAGACAGAGAUUUUUAAGUGGGUCCGAAAAAUUCCCGAUACGAUUACAAGCUGGGUACUGACGGCGUUCUCACUGCAUCCCGAAAAGGGUUUGGGCGUGACCAACGACCAGCUGAAAAUUAAGACUUUCCAGCCAUUCUUUGUGUCCGUGCGUUUACCAUACUCAGUGAAGCGUGGCGAGGUGAUCAAUGUGCCCGCUCUGGUGUUCAACUACCUGCCCAAGCAGUUGGACGUGGAGGUGACUCUGAGCAACGAGGAUAACGAGUACGAUUUUGUGGAUGUUUCCAACGAGGUUCUCGGCGAACAGAAGCGCACACAGACGGUGCGCGUGGGCGCCAAUUCCGCAGCCAGCGCAUCCUUCCUUCUGCGUCCGAAAAUCAUUGGCAGCAUUCUGCUCAAAUUUACGGCCAUUUCCCCUCUUGCCGGCGAUGCGGUGCACAAGACCCUUAAAGUAGUGCCUGAAGGUGUGACGCAAUAUAAGAACCGGGCAUUCUUCGUCAACUUGAAGGAUGUGCACGAGUUCCAGGACAGCUUUGAAUUGGAUCUACCAGAGGAACUUGUGCCAGACUCGCAGCAUGUCGAAUUCGGUUUUGUUGGCGAUCUGCUUGGCCCAGUCAUUAAGAACCUAGAACGGUUGCUGCACUUGCCCAGCGGCUGCGGCGAGCAGACAAUGUCCAGACUUGUGCCCAACUAUUUGGUCUAUGAUUAUCUGAAGUUCAUGAAGAAACUAACUCCAGAAUUGGAGCAUCGCAUAAAGCGCAAUCUGGAGCAGGGAUACCAAAAUAUGUACCACUACCGUCACAACGAUGGCAGCUAUAGCUCGUUUGGACCAGGCAAGUGGCGUGAGGAGGAUCCAGAGCGCAACGGUUCCACGUGGUUGACGGCCUAUGUACUGCGCUCAUUUGGCCAGAUUAGGGAUUUAAUAAAACUGGACGAGAAAAAACUGGAGAGUGGAUAUGAGUUUCUACUCAGCCGCCAGGCUGACAACGGAAGCUUCACGGAAAAUGGCGAAUAUUUCUACGGCUCACAACGUUCAGCCCUCACGAUCACCGCCAACGUACUUCUAGCUCUACUUGAGCAACAAAAGCCUAAUCAAACGGCCAUUGAUAAGGCCGUAGCCUAUCUGAAUGCCAACUCAAAUGAUAAGGAAUAUCUAUUGCCCAGGGCCAUUGCCACCUACGCUUUGCAAAGGGCCAAGUCUCCAGAUGCCGCCAAGCAUGUGGCUGCACUCAAAGCGCUUGCCAAGCACGAGGAAGAUCGCACCUGGUGGACGGAAGAUGAACAAAAGUUGCGCUUCGGAAAAUGUGCUCGCUGGUGGUGCUGGGUGUGGAGUCAUGACAUUGAAAUCACCUCAUAUGCAGUGCUCUCGCUGUUGGAAUCGGGUCAGGAGACUCCCGAUUCGGUGCUUAAUUCGAUUCGAUGGCUGGUGGCACAGCGGAACAGCUUUGGUGGUUUUGCUUCUUCGCAGGAUACGGUGGCUGGGCUGCAGGCCCUCAUACAGUUCGCCAAGACGUCCGGCUACGAGCCAGCCAGGUGGGAUGUGUUCGUUUCCAACCAUGGUCAGCGGGAAAAGACUGAGAAGCUCAGCCUGACAGAAGAUAACGAUUUGCUACUCCAAACCGUGGAGUUCCCUCAAGGCACCAAGUCGCUGUCGUACGAGUCGAAGGGAACUGGCGCUGCUCUGCUACAAAUCAGCUACCAGUACAAUAUUGUCGAGAAGGAGCCGAAACCUAGCUUCAAGAUUCAAGCUGUUAUUAAACCGGAUUCGCCCCCAGCCAAGUUAGAGCUCAGCGUGUGCGUUGAAUAUGUAGAGGAAGGCAAGGCUAAAGCAUCCAACAUGGCCAUACUGGAAGUCUCACUACCCUCUGGCUAUACCGUAGAUGAGGACAGUUUCAAGGACAUACAGGACAUCGAACGCGUCAGGCUAGUAGAAACCAAGAAUGAAGACUCUGUGGUGGUCAUCUACUUUGAGAGUCUGCCCAAGGGAGAAAUCAAGUGCCUACCGAUAGAAGCGUUCAAGACUCAUGCUGUCGCCAAUCAGAAGCCCGCCCCGAUUGUCCUCUAUGAUUAUUACGAUACGAACAAGAAGGCAACUGAAUAUUACCAAGUAGAAUCGAAGCUUUGCGACAUUUGUGAAGGAGAUGAAUGUUCGACAAAGUGCUAAACAGCAACUUAUCGAAUAACAUGUUUAUAUGCUUUUAACUACUUUAAUCAUAUGAUAUUCGAUAACACUGUUAAUUGAUUUGCAUAAAUACAUAAAGGAAUGAUCAUAUA